AAGUUGGCUACCUUAUUUGUAUUUUUCCAUGUCCUUUUCUACCCGUCCAAAUUUCCAUAAAACAAUUUCACAACAUUCUUGUAGAAUAUAAAGCAUAAACCCUCUUUUUAUGCUUCUUUUAUUUCAUUUUUAUUAAAAGUUUUUCCCCUAGAAAGAUCAUGAAACAACCUAACAUGUGGUGACUGUCCAAAUCUAGUCUUUUUUAAUGAGUGGCCCAAAAAUAGGCAGCACCCAUUCCUCAAGUAGAAUGAAUUUGGGGGGGUUUGUCCCACUUGUUUUAAUCUUUGUUCUCAUUUAGUUGUAUACUCUCAUCCAUUUAGAUCCACAGUUUCUUUAAAUUUGUUAUCUCUUCACUCUGCUAUUUUUGUUAAUUUUUAACCUCAACCAAUUGAUCAUCAACAAGAACCCUUCAUUUUCACCAUUUUCAAUCAUAAAGCUUCAAUCUUUGUGGAAAAUUCAUCAUCUUUCCACUGAAUGUGAAGUGGGGUUUCAAUAUUUUUUUUAAAAAAAAACAAGUUUUUUUUAGUGGGUAUUUCUAGUAUGUGCUUUCUACACCAAAAUCUUUAUUGAAAGCACAAAACUUUUAUCUUUUUUAUCACAUUCAAGUACCCACCAUGUCUGUUGCUCUGAUUUGGGUUGUUUGCAAUAGAUUUGGAUUCUUGGAGACCACAAAGUUUGAAACUUUAUCAAAAUCAAGAACCCUUUUGAGGAGUGAAAGAAUCAAGAAUCUUGGUAAGAAACAUGAAUGUAAAUCCAGCUACAUGAAUGCAGAUUUUAUGGGAUUGAAUUAUGGGACAAAAAAAGAAUUUGUUUCAAGGGUGGUGGCUAACCCAAGUGGGGAAUUGGCUGUUUCAUCUGAACAGUUGGUUUAUGAAGUGGUGUUGAAGCAAGCAGCUUUGGUUAAAGAGCAGAUGAGAGAGAAGGAAGAUGUUGAGGUGAAACCUGAUGUUGUGCUUCCUGGAACACUUGGGCUGUUGAGUGAAGCUUAUGAUAGGUGUGGUGAAGUUUGUGCAGAGUAUGCUAAAACUUUUUAUUUAGGGACACUGCUAAUGACACCGGAGAGGCGAAAAGCGAUAUGGGCAAUUUACGUGUGGUGUAGGAGAACCGAUGAGCUAGUUGACGGGCCAAACGCGUCACAUAUAACACCGAAAGCUUUAGAUAGAUGGGAAUCAAGGCUGGAAGAUCUUUUCAACGGUCGCCCUUUUGACAUGCUCGAUGCAGCUUUAUCCGAUACCGUCUCCAAGUUCCCAGUUGACAUUCAGCCUUUUAAGGAUAUGAUUGAAGGGAUGAGGAUGGACCUUAGAAAGUCGAGAUACAAGACUUUCGAUGAGCUUUAUUUGUAUUGCUAUUAUGUGGCUGGUACAGUUGGAUUGAUGAGCGUUCCUAUAAUGGGAAUUGCUCCUGAAUCUCGAGCAUCAACCGAAAGUGUGUACAAUGCUGCUUUGGCUUUGGGGAUUGCUAAUCAACUCACCAACAUCCUACGCGAUGUGGGAGAAGAUGCAAGAAGAGGAAGAGUGUAUCUACCACAAGAUGAACUAGCACAAGCAGGACUAUCAGAUGAGGAUAUAUUUGCCGGGAAAGUAACCGAUAAAUGGAGAAACUUCAUGAAAAAGCAGAUUAAAAGGGCAAGAGCUUUCUUUGAUGAAGCACAACAAGGCGUCACACAACUAAGCUCGGCUAGUAGAUGGCCGGUGUGGGCAUCGUUGUUACUGUAUCGUCAAAUCUUGGAUGAGAUCGAAGCGAAUGAUUAUAAUAACUUCACUAGAAGGGCAUAUGUAAGUAAACCCAAGAAGCUGGUUUCUUUGCCAGUUGCUUAUGCCAAGUCACUUGUUCCUCCAUCAAGAAAUGCAGCUCUUUCAAAGGCCAUUGACUUGUAGAUAUAUGAUAUCAUAUUUAUAUACACAAUAUAUGUAUGUAUUAGGAUAUAGGGUGAAUAUCUGUAAAUUUUAUGUUAAAUGUUGUAAUAUGAAUAAUGGAUAUUGAUUAUAUCAGAUGUAGAAUAGCCUUUGCUUUCUUAA